AUGUCGGGCAACGCGAAGAAAGCGGCGAGCAAGAACGCCUGGCGCCGCGCGAAGGCGAAGAAGGAGAAGGCCGAGACUGCAUCUUCUAGAGAAGUUUCUGAACAACCUGCCAUUGCCGAAAACGGUGUUGCGCCGCCCGCAGAGCCCGAACCCGAAGCUAGACCUGAUAACGACGCCGAACCUGUCACCGACGGCAACACUGCUUCGUCUCAGGCUCUCGUCUCCAUUCAAGACGAUAUCAGCUUCGACGACCCGCUCUAUGAGCAGUUCAAGGAUGUUCUUGAGAGAUUCCAGGAGUUCGAGAAUGCGGAGAAGAGUGACAGUCAACAGGUUCAAAAGCCCGAGGUCAUGUGGGAUGAAGAUGAAGUCCCGGAGGAGGAAGACGAUGAUCAGCCCAAGCAGCUGUCAAAGAAAAAGAAGAAGGAGAUGAACAAGUUGUCCGUAGCAGAACUGAAGGCCCUGGUCAGGAAACCUGAACUGGUCGACUGGACCGAUACCUCUUCACCCGACCCUCGCUUACUCGUCGCCAUCAAAUCUCACCGCAACGUCGUCCCUGUCCCGAGCCACUGGUCGCUCAAGCGCGAGUACCUUUCCUCGAAACGGGGUAUCGAAAAACCACCCUUCGCCCUUCCCAAGUUCAUUCAAGAGACUGGUAUUGCUGAGAUGCGCGAUGCUGUCCUUGAGAAGCAAGACCAACAGACAUUGAAGCAGAAGCAGAGGGAGCGCGUGCAGGGCAAGCUGAACAAGCUCGACAUUGACUAUCAGAAGCUCUAUGAGGCCUUCUUCAGAUUCCAGACGAAGCCCGAGCUGACUAGAUAUGGCGAAGUGUACUACGAGGGCAAGGAGUACGAGACCAACUUGAAACACUUGCGUCCCGGUGAGCUUAGUGAGGAGCUGAAAGAGGCUUUGAACAUUCCGCCUGGUGCUCCUCCGCCCUGGCUGAUAAACAUGCAGCGUUUCGGUCCUCCUCCUUCGUACCCUGCACUGAAGAUCCCCGGUCUCAAUGCGCCGCCGCCCCCUGGGGCUCAGUGGGGUUUCCAUCCUGGUGGAUAUGGCAAGCCUCCGGUUGAUGAGUACAACAGACCCCUCUACGGAGGUGAUGUCUUUGGUGUUCUUCAGCCGAACCAACCUGAGCCUGUCGGUGAGCCCGUUGAAAAGACGCUCUGGGGCGAACUGCAGGAACCCGAAGAGGAAUCGGAGGAAGAGGAAGAGAGCGAAGAAGAGGAGGAGGAUGAGGACGAAGAGUCGGAUGCUGGCGGAAUGGAUGCCAGCGGCCUUGUCACCCCUGGUGGCAUGGCCUCGACUGUCCCAUCUGAGUAUGGCGGCGCGGAAAGUGUUGGUGGUGACUUCACUCUACGCAAACAACGCCGUGGCACCGAAACAGAGGAACCGACACAACCCCGCUCGGCUUACACUGUGCUGCCGGAACAGAACAUCAAGACUUCGGGCUUCUUUGGCGGCGAGAAGGCAUACGAUCUCAAGACCGCUCAGCAGAACAUUCCGGUCCUUGGACAGGAGGAUAACAGUAGGAAGAAGAGGAAGGCAGGCGAUGUUGACGUCAGUGUCGACGUCGAUGCCUUGGAGAGGGAUGACAGGCUCAGCAAGGAGGAAGUCAAGAGGCGAUACGAAUCACAGCGUCAGGCCGAGCAGCAGGGCAGCUGGGGCUCUGCUUACCAGGAUGAUCUCAGCUCGAUGAUUGCCGAAGAGAGCGCCAAGAGGCUGAAGAAGGAUCAAGAGCGCCGCGGUAGGCGCUAG